GUCUGUGCUCAGAGCUCUGCCCUGAGAGGUGGUCCUCCUGUCCUCUUCAUUCUUUCUCACCGACUGGGACUCAGCUGGUAGGUCCGCAGAUCAGUCCUCCUGGGAAUUUAGUUGCGAGUGAAUGUGAAGGGGAGCCAGCGGGCUUUGGACAGGUCCUGCGGCACAGAAACCACAGUCCGUGGCUUCUGAGAGAAAAGGGCCUCGCGGUCGAUGUCCGGCUCCUCCCAGGUCGCGACGCCGCAUGGGCCUUUGUCGUCGUUUCUGGGCUAGGACGAGGGAGGAAGGUGGACCGUAAAGGGGAGGAAUCACGUGAAGAUGGGGCGAGUGCUGGGCGUGCUGUUGGAGGUAUCUGAGUGCCGAAAGGCCUGGAACCCUGAGAGGGAGGACGGAUUCCCCAGUUCUCACCUGGGCAGUGGCAGGGCGAGGUGGGCAGUAAGGAAGGGGCCUGGAAACUAGGAACACUGCGGGCUGAUAACCGUGGCCCCAAGGUCUGUAGAGUGCUCCACAGCGGUAGAGAGUGAGGAGCACGCCCUUCACUCGGCUUUGCAACUUCACACCUCUGCCACUGACGUCUCGGGCAGGAAUAGUGAAUCAUGAGUGGACAUCAAAGAACAAGAUCCAGAUCUAGAGAAAGAAAAGAUGAUCAAGACUCUAACCAUCCAGUAGGGGCUGUGGUUGCCCAGGAGCCGCCCAGUGAUGACCAGCUUCAACAACAGGAACCACCAAUUGAAAGUCAGGAUUAUACACCUGGUCAAGAGAGAGAUGAGGAAGCACUGGACUUCCAAGUGCUAGGCCUGGCAGCCUAUCUCUGGGAACUGACUCGGUCAAAGACUGGGGGUGAACGUGGAGAUGGUCCUAAUGUCAAGGGAGAAUUUCUGCCAAAUCUGGAGCCUGUUAAAAUACCAGAAGCAGGUGAAGGGCAACCAUCGGUUUAAACGAAGACAAGCUGAAACCAUACAUGCAGUCUUUAUGUUGGAAACUUGACCAGUAAAAUUCUCUCAAUAAAGUUUCACAAUUGUCUGCAAAGAA